AAAAACAACAAGAAAUUGUAAAAACGAGAAUUCAUUAAUAUUGAAAUUCAACAAAUAAAACCAAAUCGAGUGCAAUUCUGAGUUUAGUGCGCCGGGUCAUGCACGUUGCCAGCUGCUGCUGCUAGAGCUGUACGUUAUUUAAUGCUUGAAAGCCUGUCUUUUGAGAUGAUGACAACAACAACAUCGGCACAGCACUCGAACAUCAUGCCACCAGCCAUGCGACCUGUACAGGAGAGCCCCGUUUCGCGACCACGCGCCGUCUACAGCAUCGAUCAGAUAUUGGGCAAUCAGCAUCAAACGAAGCGAAGUGAUACGCCCAAUGAGGUGCUGAUAACUCACGCGCAUCACAUACAUCAUCUACAUAACAGCAGCAACGGCAACAACAACAACAACAGCAACAACAACAACGGCUUGUUGCAGCAUCAACAACUUCAACAACUUCAGCAACAACAUCACCAUCACCAGCUACAACAGCAACAUCAACAGCAACAUCCGCAGCAGCAACAACAACAGCAACAACAACCUUUGCCAGGCAAGCGUGAGGACUCGCCCACGAAUACGGAAAGCGGCUUGGAUGUGGACAACGAUGAUGAUUUAUCCUCGAGUCUGAAUAAUGGCCACGAUCUGGGCGAUAUGGAGAGGCCGCGGAAAGUUCGUAGAUCUCGGACAACUUUUACAACAUUUCAAUUGCAUCAAUUGGAACGCGCGUUCGAGAAGACACAAUAUCCGGAUGUGUUCACAAGGGAGGAUCUGGCCAUGAGGCUCGACCUAAGCGAAGCACGCGUUCAGGUCUGGUUCCAGAAUCGACGCGCCAAAUGGCGUAAACGUGAGAAGUUUAUGAAUCAGGACAAGGCUGGCUAUCUGCUGCCCGACCAAGGCCUGCCCGAGUUUCCUUUGGGCAUACCGUUGCCGCCGCACGCCUUGCCCGGCCAUCCGCUACCCGCCGAGUUCUGGCCUCCGCAUUUCGCUCUGCACCAGCACUUCAAUCCGGCGCUGCUGCCGCAGCAGCUGAUGCCGCCCCACUACAAGCUGCCCAACUUCCACACACUGCUCUCCCAGUACAUGGGGCUGAGCAAUUUGAAUGGCAUCUUCGGUGCUGGCGCUGCAGCCGCUGCGGCUGCUGCCUCUGCCUCCGCCUCUGUCUCCGUUGGCUAUCCGCAGAACUUGUCGCUGCAUUCGUCGUCGUCGUCGGCGCAGGUGAGCCCGCCCUGCAGCAACAGCAGUCCCCGUGAGAGCCCCAACUCCCUGGCCACGCAUCCGCUCUCGCACGGCGCUACGACUCUGAUCUCCGGCGACCUGACGCUCACCUCGACGGCAGCGCAGUCGCCGCGCAGCGCCACAGGUGGCAGCAGCAAUGCCUCCACACCCGUCUCGGUGGUCACCAAGAGCGAAGACUGAAGGGCGAGCUGGCACAGCAGCUGAUAUAGUGAUAUAUAUAUAUUGGAUGGAUCAUAUAUAUAAGUCUAAAAGUGAUAUAUA